GGUGCAGGGACCAUGGAUGAGGUGCCUUCCUGUACCCUCACCUUCCCCACCUAUGUGUGUGCCUGUCACAUGUCCUGUCCUCCCAAGACCAACCACACUGUCCGGGUGUCAGUCAGCCGGUCUUAGAGGUUUCUCCCUGCCCCAGGCCUAGAACCACAAGCUUUUAGACAGAGAUGCUGUUUUUAUUGUUCACUUCUAAUGGGAGGCAUUGCAGACUGAACAACGGCCCAGAGUGGGCUGGUAAGAGCCAGGUUGGGGGUAGUGGGGGCUUUUACUACCUUAAUGGCUUACUUGUGGGUCCUGUCCCAUCUGCUCCUCCAGCUUGUCUCUGGGGUAAGUUAUUAGUCCUUUCUCCUUAUUUACCUAAUUUAUCAAGAGCUGAAUCGAAGCUGGACCGGACGCUGCCAGGUGCCCUGAGCUUUCCUCUUGCGUUCUUUGCAGGUCUGAUUUCCCGGGCUGCUGCGGCCUCAUUGUCUGUCCUGUGUCUGUGACUCUCGGGUGAGAAUUCUGGCCACGUCCCUGGCUGGCGGGAACCUGGGAGCUCAGACCAGAACAGGGAGGCUGGGGAGGAGCAGAGGGGCAGCACUUAGGAGGCCUCCCGAAGGAUGCGAGGUCAGAUGCGACUGCUAUUCUCAGCAACUGGAGGAAGCCCCGUCGCUUUCCUUGAGGGAGGAGGUGGCCACCUUCGUUCAAAAUGGUCCCAAAGUUCCUCAGCUAUUUGCGACUGAGCAGGAUCCCUUCGAAGAACGGCCUUUGUUUUUUAUGGUGUUUAUUCUAAAGCUUCCCUGGGCAACACCUGGGUUUUAAAGGAAGUGAGGUCCCGAGGGAUGGGCUCACCUCUAGGUCCCUCAGCCAGCCGAGCCUCAGAUGACGAGGAGACAGGGUUACAUGUGCUCCGCUGACUUUCCCAGCACUUAGGUCUGUAGGUGGGGCUCCUGGGACGGAGCACAGCCUGUCCGGAGCCAUCGUAGGGCAGAGGCGGGCAGGCCUGGGGCCUGCCGGGAGGCAGCGGCUCACGGGUGGCUUGCCUUGCAGCUGGCGCCAUGAGCAGCGACACUGAAAUGGAAGUGUUCGGCAUGGCCGCUCCCUUCCUCCGCAAGUCGGAAAAGGAGAGGAUCGAGGCGCAGAACCAGCCCUUUGACGCCAAAACCUACUGCUUUGUGGUCGACUCGAAGGAAGAGUACGCCAAGGGGAAAAUUAAGAGUACCCAGGAUGGGAAGGUCACGGUGGAAACCGAAGACAACCGGACCCUGGUGGUCAAGCCGGAGGACGUGUACGCCAUGAACCCGCCCAAGUUCGACCGGAUCGAGGACAUGGCCAUGCUGACGCACCUGAACGAGCCGGCCGUGCUGUACAACCUCAAGGACCGCUACACCUCCUGGAUGAUCUACACCUACUCGGGCCUCUUCUGCGUCACCGUCAACCCCUACAAGUGGCUGCCGGUGUAUAACCCCGAGGUGGUGGAUGGCUACCGAGGCAAAAAGCGCCAGGAGGCCCCGCCCCACAUCUUCUCCAUCUCUGACAACGCCUAUCAGUUCAUGCUGACUGAUCGUGAAAACCAGUCCAUCCUGAUCACCGGAGAAUCCGGGGCAGGGAAGACUGUGAACACCAAGAGGGUCAUCCAGUACUUUGCAACAAUUGCAGCGACGGGGGACCUGGCCAAGAAGAAGGACUCCAAAAUGAAGGGGACUCUGGAAGACCAAAUCAUCAGCGCCAACCCGCUGCUGGAGGCUUUCGGGAACGCCAAGACCGUGAGGAACGACAACUCCUCCCGCUUUGGCAAGUUCAUCCGAAUCCAUUUCGGCACCACGGGGAAGCUGGCCUCUGCAGAUAUUGAAACUUAUCUGCUGGAGAAAUCAAGAGUGACUUUCCAGCUGAAGGCUGAGAGAAGCUACCACAUCUUCUACCAGAUUCUUUCCAACAAGAAGCCAGAGCUCAUAGAGCUGCUGCUGAUUACGACCAACCCUUACGACUACCCGUUCAUCAGCCAGGGCGAGAUCCUGGUGGCCAGCAUUGACGAUGCGGAGGAGCUGCUGGCCACGGAUAGUGCCAUCGACAUCCUGGGCUUCACUGCAGAGGAGAAGUCCGGGAUCUACAAGCUCACGGGCGCCGUGAUGCACUACGGGAACAUGAAGUUCAAGCAGAAGCAGCGGGAGGAGCAGGCAGAGCCCGACGGCACCGAAGUGGCUGACAAGACAGCCUACCUGAUGGGCCUGAACUCCUCAGACCUCCUGAAAGCCCUGUGCUUCCCCCGGGUGAAAGUCGGGAAUGAGUACGUGACCAAAGGCCAAACGGUGGACCAGGUCCACCACGCUGUGAACGCCCUUUCCAAGUCAGUUUACGAAAAGCUGUUUCUGUGGAUGGUCACUCGCAUCAACCAGCAGCUGGACACGAAGCUGCCGAGACAGCACUUCAUUGGGGUUUUGGACAUCGCUGGCUUCGAGAUCUUCGAGUACAACAGCCUGGAGCAGCUGUGCAUCAACUUCACCAACGAGAAACUGCAACAGUUUUUCAACCACCACAUGUUCGUGCUGGAGCAGGAGGAGUACAAGAAGGAAGGCAUCGAGUGGACGUUCAUCGACUUCGGGAUGGACCUGGCUGCCUGCAUCGAGCUCAUCGAGAAGCCCAUGGGCAUCUUCUCCAUCCUGGAGGAGGAGUGCAUGUUCCCCAAGGCCACAGACACCUCCUUCAAGAACAAGCUGCAUGACCAGCACCUGGGCAAGUCCAGCAACUUCCAGAAGCCCAAGGUCGUCAAAGGCAAGGCCGAGGCCCACUUCUCGCUGGUGCACUACGCGGGCACCGUGGACUACAGCGUCUCGGGCUGGCUGGAGAAGAACAAGGACCCCCUGAACGAGACCGUGGUCGGGCUGUACCAGAAGUCCUCCAACAGGCUCCUGGCUCACCUCUAUGCCACCUUUGCUACCACGGACGUUGACAGCGGAAAGAAGAAAGUUGCCAAGAAGAAGGGCUCUUCCUUCCAAACUGUCUCUGCCCUUUUCAGGGAAAACCUGAACAAGCUAAUGUCCAAUUUAAGAACUACGCACCCUCACUUUGUGCGCUGUAUAAUUCCCAACGAAACCAAAACCCCAGGGGCCAUGGAGCACAGCCUGGUCCUGCACCAGCUGCGCUGUAACGGGGUUCUGGAGGGCAUCCGCAUCUGCCGGAAGGGCUUCCCCAACCGCAUUCUCUACGGGGAUUUUAAACAAAGAUACCGCGUGCUGAAUGCCAGUGCGAUCCCAGAGGGACAGUUCAUCGACAGCAAGAAAGCUUGUGAGAAGCUGCUGGCCUCCAUCGACAUUGACCACACUCAGUACAAAUUCGGACACACCAAGGUGUUCUUCAAAGCCGGCUUGCUGGGAACCCUGGAAGAAAUGCGCGAUGACCGCCUGGCCAAACUGAUCACUCGGACACAGGCUGUGUGCAGAGGGUUUCUCAUGCGCGUGGAAUUCCAGAAGAUGGUGCAGAGAAGGGAGUCCAUCUUCUGCAUCCAGUACAACGUCCGCGCCUUCAUGAACGUCAAGCACUGGCCCUGGAUGAAGCUCUUCUUCAAGAUCAAGCCCCUCCUCAAGAGUGCAGAGACCGAGAAGGAGAUGGCCACCAUGAAGGAGGAGUUCCAGAAGACCAAGGAGGAGCUGGCCAGGUCGGAGGCGAAGAGGAAGGAGCUGGAGGAGAAGCUGGUGACUCUCGUCCAAGAGAAGAAUGACCUGCUGCUCCAAGUACAGGCUGAAAGUGAAAACUUGCUGGAUGCCGAGGAAAGGUGUGAUCAACUGAUCAAAGCCAAAUUCCAGCUGGAGGCUAAAAUCAAGGAGGUGACCGAGAGAGCCGAGGAUGAGGAAGAGAUCAAUGCUGAGCUGACGGCCAAGAAGAGGAAACUGGAGGACGAAUGUUCAGAACUGAAGAAAGACAUCGAUGACCUUGAGCUGACACUGGCCAAGGUUGAAAAGGAGAAGCAUGCCACAGAGAACAAGGUUAAAAACCUGACUGAGGAGCUGGCUGGGUUGGAUGAAACCAUCGCAAAGUUAACCAGGGAGAAGAAGGCCCUCCAGGAGGCCCACCAGCAGGCCCUGGAUGACCUCCAAGCUGAAGAGGACAAAGUCAAUUCUCUGAGUAAAACCAAGGGCAAACUGGAACAGCAAGUCGAUGAUCUGGAAAACUCCCUAGAGCAAGAAAAGAAGCUCCGGGUAGACCUGGAACGGAACAAAAGGAAGCUGGAGGGAGACUUGAAGCUUGCCCACGAGUCCAUAUCGGAUCUGGAGAAUGACAAGCAACAGCUGGAUGAAAGGCUCAAGAAGAAGGAUUUUGAAUAUAGUCAACUGCAGAGCAAAGUGGAAGAUGAGCAGACCCUGGGCCUCCAGUUUCAGAAGAAAAUCAAAGAGCUCCAGGCUCGCAUCGAGGAGCUGGAAGAAGAGAUUGAGGCAGAGAGGGCGACUCGUGCAAAGGCAGAGAAGCAGCGCUGCGACUACGCCCGGGAACUGGAGGAGCUGAGUGAGCGGCUGGAGGAGGCGGGAGGCGUCACCUCCACCCAGAUCGAGCUGAACAAGAAGCGGGAGGCCGAGUUCCUGAAGCUGCGCAGGGACCUGGAGGAGGCCACCCUGCAGCACGAAGCCACGGCGGCCGCUCUGAGGAAGAAGCACGCGGACAGUGUGGCCGAGCUCGCCGAGCAGAUAGACAACCUACAGAGGGUCAAGCAGAAGCUGGAGAAGGAGAAGAGCGAGUUCAAAUUGGAGAUCGACGACCUCGCCAGCAACGUGGAGAGUGUGUCGAAAUCCAAGGCAAAUCUGGAAAAAAUAUGCCGAACGCUGGAGGAUCAGCUAAGUGAGGCCAGGGGUAAGAACGAGGAGGCUCAGAGGAGCAUGAGUGAGCUGACGGCACAGAAGUCUCGUCUUCAGACAGAGGCUGGGGAGCUGAGUCGCCAACUGGAAGAAAAGGAAAGUAUAGUAUCCCAGCUCUCUAGGAGCAAGCAAGCUUUCACCCAGCAAACAGAGGAGCUCAAGAGGCAGCUGGAGGAAGAGAACAAGGCCAAGAACGCCCUGGCCCACGCCCUGCAGUCCUCCCGCCACGACUGCGACCUGCUGCGGGAACAGUAUGAGGAGGAGCAGGAAGCCAAGGCCGAGCUGCAGAGGGCGCUGUCCAAGGCCAACAGCGAGGUUGCCCAGUGGAGGACCAAGUACGAGACGGACGCCAUCCAGCGCACGGAGGAGCUGGAGGAGGCCAAGAAAAAGCUCGCUCAGCGCCUUCAAGAUUCCGAGGAACAGGUUGAGGCAGUGAAUGCGAAGUGUGCUUCCUUGGAGAAGACCAAGCAGAGGCUGCAAGGGGAGGUCGAGGAUCUGAUGGUGGACGUGGAAAGAGCCAACUCCAUGGCCGCAGCUCUGGACAAGAAGCAGAGGAACUUUGACAAGGUGCUGGCUGAAUGGAAAACGAAGUCCCAGGAGAGCCAGGCGGAGCUGGAGGCGGCCCUGAAGGAAUCCCGCACCCUGAGCACCGAACUCUUCAAACUGAAAAACGCCUACGAAGAAGCCUUAGAUCAGCUUGAAACUGUGAAACGAGAAAACAAGAACUUGGAGCAGGAGAUAGCGGACCUCACAGAACAAAUUGCUGAGAAUGGCAAAACCAUCCAUGAACUGGAGAAAUCGAGAAAGCAGAUCGAGCUGGAGAAGGCAGACAUCCAGCUGGCUCUGGAGGAAGCGGAGGCUGCCCUUGAGCACGAAGAGGCCAAGAUCCUCCGAGUCCAGCUGGAAUUGACCCAGGUGAAAUCGGAAAUUGACAGAAAGAUCGCCGAGAAAGAUGAAGAGAUUGAGCAGCUGAAGAGAAACUCCCAGAGAGCGGUGGAGACGAUGCAGAGCGCGCUGGACGCCGAAGUGCGCAGCAGGAACGAGGCCAUUCGGAUCAAGAAGAAGAUGGAGGGGGACCUGAACGAAAUUGAGAUCCAGCUGAGCCACGCCAACCGCCAGGCUGCCGAGACCCUCAAGCACCUCCGGGGUGUCCAGGGACAGCUGAAGGACACCCAGCUGCACCUGGAUGACGCCCUCCGGGGCCAGGAGGACCUGAAGGAGCAGCUGGCGAUCGUGGAGCGCAGAGCCAACCUGCUGCAGGCCGAGGUGGAGGAGCUGCGGGCGUCGCUGGAGCAGACGGAGAGGGCGCGGAAGCUGGCCGAACAAGAGCUCCUGGACUCCAACGAGAGGGUGCAGCUGCUGCAUGCCCAGAACACCAGCCUUAUCCACACCAAAAAGAAGCUGGAGACAGACCUCAUGCAGCUCCAGAGCGAGGUUGAAGAUGCCAGCAGGGACGCAAGGAAUGCGGAAGAGAAAGCAAAGAAGGCCAUCACAGAUGCGGCCAUGAUGGCCGAGGAGCUGAAGAAGGAGCAGGACACCAGCGCCCACCUGGAGCGGAUGAAGAAGAACCUGGAGCAGACGGUGAAGGACCUGCAGCACCGUCUGGAUGAGGCUGAGCAGCUGGCCCUGAAGGGCGGGAAGAAGCAGAUCCAGAAGCUGGAGACGCGGAUCCGAGAGCUGGAGCUGGAGCUUGAAGGGGAGCAGAAGAAGAACACCGAGUCCGUGAAGGGCCUGCGGAAAUAUGAGCGGCGGGUCAAGGAGCUAACUUACCAGAGUGAAGAGGACAGGAAGAAUGUGCUGCGACUGCAGGAUCUGGUGGACAAGCUGCAAGUGAAAGUCAAGACCUACAAGAGGCAGGCGGAGGAGGCUGAUGAACAAGCCAACGCGCAUCUCACCAAAUUCCGAAAAGCUCAGCAUGAGCUCGAGGAGGCUGAAGAGCGGGCCGAUAUUGCAGAGUCUCAAGUCAAUAAGCUUCGCGCUAAGACCCGAGACUUCACCCCCGGCAGGAUGGUGGUCCAUGAGAGUGAGGAGUGAGCGACCCGCUUCUGGAACAGGGCAGAAGAUAUGCAAAAUGUAUAUUUUCAUGGUACCUGGCCUUUUUACUUAAUUUCCAUGGGACUGCUUUUCACCUGCAAUAAACUUUGCUUUG